CGUGGGUGGGGCUGACAAGAAUAGACUACAUUAUGCAGUUCAUUUAGUUAACAACUGAAAUAAUGGGGAAGCGUGCAGUGGGAAUGCCGAGAGAAAGGCACAAAACCCUAUUGAGAGCUCUUGGCCGCUUACAGCGUAACCGUCACAUGGCCGGACCGAGUCCACGGCGGCUAUAUAAGGAGCGCCGCUGCGCCUUCAGCACCACUUCGCUGUCCACCGUCCCGACGAGAACACGCUCACACAACCACGCGCCGGCUUCAACUUCAACCACGCUGCCGAGCAACACGUUUGCAAAUAUGCCGAGGUCUUUUCUCGUGGAUUCCUUGAUUUUAAGGGAGGCCAACGACAAAGGGAACGAGAACAACCCACCUUUAUUCCCGUACGCAGUGCACUCGACGCACCACCCGCACGGACUGCCGGGCUCCUGCCACUCAAGGAAAGCCGGGCUGCUGUGCUUCUGUCCGCUGUGCAUGACCGCGUCCCAGCUCCACCCGUCCCCACCGACCCUGCCGCUCCUCAAGGCGUCUUUUUCGCCCUUCAGCUCCCAGUACUGUCACUCAGCUCUGUCGAGGCAACACUCUUCAUCCAACAGCCUCAGCCACGGACCGGGGAUAUACCAAGCUGCGUACUCGGUCCCAGACCCGCGACAGUUCCACUGCAUCUCCAUCGAAAGCAGCAACAGCAAACUUCAGAGCAGCAAGCGCAUGCGCACGGCCUUUACCAGCACACAACUUUUGGAGCUGGAGCGAGAGUUCACCUCCAACAUGUACCUCUCCAGACUGAGGCGCAUCGAGAUCGCCACAUACUUGAACUUGUCCGAGAAACAAGUGAAAAUCUGGUUCCAGAACCGCAGAGUGAAACACAAAAAGGAGGGCAAGAGCAGCGGCCAAAGGACUGGAUCACAUAACUGCAAAUGCUCGUCCCUGUCAACCGCGAGAUGCUCGGAGGAAGAGGAGGAUGACAUUCCUAUUUCUCCCUCCUCGUCCGAAAAGGAGGACGUGGACCUGUCCGUCUCCCCAUGAACUCUCACUGCCUCCCCUCUGAAAUAUUUUGGUCCUCGUGAUUUUAAAUACAGCCAAAUAAAGACUGUUCCACUUGUGUUCAGUCGCCUGUACAUAGAAAGAGAAUAUUUAAUCAGGGGAUUGCCCUGAAUUAUUGUAUAGCUGUAUACAUGUUGUACGUUUUGUAUGUAGUUUUUUUCUGAAAACGAUCCAUUUGUUGUUGCCAAUCCGAUGAGUAUGGCAUAUUUGUAAAGGCAAUCCCCCAAAAAACAAUAGCAACAUUGUUUAUUAGUAAUUUGGGGGAGACAGUAUUUUGUAUACAUGGUGACUGGUUAGAUUCAUUCUAUGUGGAUGGAACUGUGACUUCAAAUAUGAAAAGCUGGAGGGAAAAUCCCUCAAUGUCACAUUGCUGAGAUCACUCUGAAAUUAUAUCUUCAGUGUAAUUGAAAAAUAUUUAUUUAUUUAAAAAUGUUGAUACUUAAAUAAAAAUAUUUCUGAGCGGCAGAC